AUGAGGGAAGAAAACGUCAACGAAGAAGAAAGAGGGCGUUUGAUAUUGACAGCGCGCGAAAGAAAAAUGGCGGAUCUACAAAAUGAGAGGUGUUUGAGAGACGAUGGAGUUGACAUAGGUACAACGGAAGAUUUUUCACAAGGGACCAAAAGACAGUUAGCUAGGUCCCAGAGUCCAGAACCUCUCCCCAAGUCUCCUCGGACUUUAUCUCCCCCUGCAAUCUGCGCCCUUUUAGAAAUGAAAGAGACAGAAGACCUGGAUCCAGAUCGUCCAGACAUGACUGAAGCCUCCGCCGAUCCUGAUCUCAGCCCUCGCCCGCGGAGAAAAUCCUGGAGGAGGUCAACUAGAGGCAGGACCUCACUCCCUGCUCUCCCUAACACCUCCCAGUCUCUGUGUAAAUCUAUCAGCCUGGACCUGAGUGAUGAAGAGAGGCUGGAGAAACUCAUGGAAGCUGCAAUGCAGGUUACAGUUAAGAGGCUGCAGAGCACACUGCGUACCAUCCCCGGUGCUGAUUUGGAGGCAUUUCAGGCACAAGUUGACUCCCUGCAGACUGAGUGGACGAGUUCAGCAAAAACCAUCAGUGAGGAAAGUCAGCUGUCGUUCUCCAGCACCAGCAGUGAUCCUGCUAUUCAGAAAGCCAUCGGACGUGCAAAGGAGGACCUGAACAGGCUGCAGGCGGAAAGUUUGUCCUGGGAGUCGCUCCUAAAUAAACAUCGCUCCAAAGCAGAAGAGCUAGCCAAAAGAGUGGAGGAGGGACAGGAGAGAGGUGUGAAGCUGGACCCUUCCUGUCUCGCUCAGUCCUCUCAGAGCCAAGUUAUCCUGAACAAACCUGAUUACACUGCAGCGCUGCAGAGACAACAGGGAGUCCUGGACACCAUGGGGCUGGUGUUGGAGUCUCAGUACAGGAUGAUGAGCGUGCUCCUGUCCUACCAGAACGACUUAAAGUUAGUGAUGAAGGAGACGAGCGCCCGACUGGCUCAAAGUGCAGGAUUCCAGGAUCUCCCAUCAUCCCCUGUGAAGACGCUCCUAAACCUCCCUCAGUCUGCCACGACAUCUUAGUUAAGGUUCACUAUAGAUAUGUUCAUGUUGCCAGGCCAAAAAAACUGGACAAGAUGACGUGAAUAUAAAUAACCCUACACAAAGACGGGUCCAAACAGAGCAUCAGGGCCGUUAUGGGAGAUAUCUGUCUAUAUCUAGCUCUAGUUUCUCAGUGACGCUUUUCUUUUCUUCCUGUGAGUAUUGGCUGUAAAGUGCUGGUGUUUUAUCGUAACAUCAGUAUCGCAUUAUGAUAUCACCCAGCUCUAGUCUGUGUUUCCUUUCCUGUUUAUAUCUUGAGUUAAAUCAUUUUGAAAGGUGUCACGUUGAGAGCUGAAGGCUUUGCUGUUUAAAAUGGAGCGUCACUGGCGGUGUCAUCUGUUUCCUAAAUGUGUUACAUAAUUAUAUCCUCAUUAUAACAGCAGGUAAUCAUUACCAGAGAUAAAUCGCAGCAACGUUUCAGGAAGGCUUUUUUGCACGAGUCGGACACUAGAUGGCACUGUGGCUCAUUUCUAGCACAAAUAAUACAAAUCCAUACUACUCGUUUAAUCUUAUAUUUGUUGGCUUUCAAAUAUUACUUUUAAGACAAAUGGAUAUGGAAAUACGUGCACAGACUUUUCCCCCUCUAUGAGACGCUUUGGAUUUACACGUAUUGUUUUAUUUUUUUCCGCUGUUUUUCACACCCCAGGUUCACUCCACUGUUCUGGAUAACACCUUUUUUGUAUCUUUUUUUUUUCUCUUCUCCAAAACACCUGGUUCAUUUUAGGAAAAAUAAAGAGCUGUUAUGAGUCAUAAAUGCACAGGACACCAGGGUACUCCAGGACCACGACUGGAAACCUGCGCUUUAUUUUAAUUAGAAAUAACAGUGUUUGAUUUUUCACCCUGAUUUUCCAGUCAUGGUAAAUUCAAGAUCAGAGAUCUUAAAGGAAAUGAUUUGAUGUUGUCGCAACCAUAAACAGUCAUCAACAAUGUCCUGGCAGGAUUUUUAAUUAUUAUUAUUCGAAAUUUGCUGUGAGGGGGGUAAAAUGCCAAUGAUAUGAGCUGAGAUGAUCGUAUAAAAGCUGCAAGAAUCUAGAUUUUUUUUUUUUUUAACAUGAAACACACAGGGCGUCUAUGGUACACAUGGUACCUUAAAAGCCUUCAAAUAAUUGUUAAGAAAGAAAAAAAAAACAUUUAGAUCUCUUCCAUUUACUUAAGCCAAAGUUUGACUGAUUCAUCACUGGUCUAGCAUUAGACGGUCAACGUACUAAACGUGUAAUAUCGUGGUCUGUUACAGAUUUUGCCCAACGUAUAAGACAAGGUUAAAGCUAAAUGUGUGACAUAGGUAUACAAAACACUUUUCUUUAUACCCACACUUUUUAACACUUCCUGCGGAUUCUUUACUCAGCUAAAUCAGGUGCGAUGGAGGAGAGAAAAACAAGCGAAAACGUCCACCCAGGAAAAGGAUUGAGAAUUUACUGGGGAAACAGUGGCGCACUGGUUUUGAAGGGUUUUUUGCGCUAUUGAUCCGAAGGUCACGAGUUCAAAUCCCAGCAGCACCACUUGGGUUCUUGAACAAGACUUAUUGUAACCUUCAAACCGCUCAGUCGUUUCUUGUCCAGAUCGUACGCCAGCUCCGGAAUGGAGCGAAUAUAUAUGUGUAAUGAUCGAGAGUCAUGGGGGUUGAAAGGGUCAUGGGGUAUUAAUGAGAAUAAUGUCUCGAUUUCCAGCCUAGUUUCUUAUUCUGUCAAAAACUGUUUUCUACCUUUCAGAAAUAAACGUCUAACGUAAUUUCGACUCAUUA